UAGUUCAAAUUGCAAAUUUUUCACUAAAUCGCGCGCCAAAUUGUAAAGCUUACUGAAGAAGAAGAAGAAGAAGAGAUGGUUCUAUUAUGCUUUGUGUUGGAUCUGUGUAGCAUAUCACCUCCAUUACUGAGAGAUCUAAAACAGAGCUUAUUACAGCUCGCUAAUUCUUACGCGAUUUCAUCGCCGUCGUCAUCGCGGCAUAAUCGUACGGAUUCUCUCAGAGACAGAAUCGGCUUGUGCUAUGCCGUCAAAAACCGCAUUUCUUCAACUAAAGAGGUCAAAGUUGCAUAUAAUCCUAGAGGAAAUUUCCGUCUCCGAGCUUUUCAUCACGCCGUUAACAACUUGCCUUUGGAUGCUUAUUCGCCUGAAUUUGACGAUUCUGGAGCUUUACAUCGGUCAGAUGCAAAAUUAUCUAGUGUUUUGAGUGAUCAAGUACUUUUUUCAUGGGAGAUUCAAGAUUUUAUGAGGAAAGUGGUUGUUUUGAGCUCUUCUUUACCUGAGAAUAUUGACUCUUCCUUGAAAAUUACUCUCACGAAUGCAGCUGACAAGUGUGUUUCAGUGGAGUUUGUGUUGUUUGAACAAAGUUCUAGUUAUCUCAAUAAUCUGCAAGAGAAUAUCGACUGUUUUGUAACGAGUUUAUCUGAUCUCGACAAUUUCUCAUUUCAGACUUAUAUACCAGAUAGAAGAAUAUUUCAUAGUCUGGUAAAGCGAUGGCUACAGGAGUUAAAGGAUGAUAUAGAGGAGCCCUUGCAAGCUCGUUUUAUCUUUAAGACCAAUCUUGUUGGUACUUUGAAUCAGAUCAGCUGCAGCUUGUCAGUAUCUGUCGGCCAAAUCCUUGAUGAGUCGAUUAGUCCUUGUCAGACGUGCAGAUGUCAUGGUAUUCUGUUAGAAAGUUCAGCCAGACAUAAAGUUGAGAUGCUUUCUUGUCCAGUUACGGGCCAUGAACUGGGAGCAGCUGAUUUGAUUGACAACUCUGUGAAAGUUGGCGAUAAAACGAUCUUGUUUAUGCCCUCUUUCCAGAGCUCAAUGAAGGUCCAUCAACUUUCUUCAUCGAUUGAAUUCAAUGUUAUCGAGAGGACUAAUCUAAAAUCUUUAAGUGAAGGUGUUAUAUUUGGGACCUCAUAUUUUGUGGCUCCGUCAGCUUGCAAUGAGAUAGGAGCUUGUUCAGAUGAAAUGUCCCAGCCUGAUUUGAAUAUUCAACUUUUUCAAGGCAUUUGCAGUGCUCUACACUCAAUGGAUGAGGGGUUGGUAUGCUCUUCAUAUUGCAACGUGGAAACCAUGAAAGAGACAGCCUUUCACUGUUAUUAUAUUCUUCUGCCAUCAGAAAAUGGACCAAUGCUUCUCAGGCGUCUUGCCAGCUUAGAAGAAGUAUUGCCUAUGCUUGAAAUCAAUCAAUUCAUGGAUUCUUCGAUGUCCAUGGAUAUUCAGAAUGCAAUACAAGCCUCUAUGUUAAAGAUUGAAUUGAGAGACUAUGAUCCAAUCCUGCAUGAGAGGGGCGUUUAUCAGAAGCUGAACACGCUUGUGAAAGAGAGCUUACAAUUUGGGUCGGCUCCCCCUGAACUAAACGAGGCAGCAUAUGACCUGAAAUCGAACCAACUAGAUUCAUUAAAACAAUCAAAUUGUUCAAUGGAUUUUAUACUGGUGAACGAUGAAUCUCCAAAGUUGAAGUUGAAAUUUGGAGAAGACAAAAGCACGUCUUCUAUUGCAGAAGAAUGGGAGCAGCUGGUCGUCAGUGAAGUCCCCAAAAUGUAUUCUCCCAGUUGUGUUUCCCAACGUAAGGUGGACAAAUUAGUGUUAUACUCACCAGACUGUAAUAAGCAGUUGGAUGUGAAAACUUCAAGGAUAUUAGAGAGAUUGGAGGUGCCAAGACAGUUGAAAACAAAGGUCGCGUCUCCCAUUGCCACAAGCAGCAACUUCUCAGAAGCUGCUUGUGUGCCGGUUAAAAAGCCUCUAAUCCCUUUCCGUUCUAACAAUGCAUUAGACCAGAGUUUGACAUCAAGUCAACUAAUAAAACCCAAUUUCCAGAGGCAAAAAAGGAAACACAGGUGAAAAAAUAUGCCUUGUGUUGGAGUUUUUGUUGACAAUGUGGGUUUUCUGUGUAUAUGGAGCUCUAAAUCUUAAGAUUAGCGAGCUUUAGUUCCGAUAUUAGGACAAUGUGCAGAGAAAAUUGACAAGAUCGUGUUCUGUUGCUGUAUAUGUUCCCAUGUAAUAUACUGCAUUAGUUGGUUAUGCUGACAAAUUUUGAUGUUGUUACUGUAUGUCCCCUUGACCCCUGUAUGUGAUGGACUACCAUUUUUUGUGCCAUCAUGCAUAUAUUUUGUAUUGAUAGGAAUACCAAAAUCCUUCUGAUGGUGAAGGCAAUGAAGAA